CAGAUUCUCUUUGUGGCCAGAUGGGUUUGUAUGGACAGGCUUGUCCAUCUGUAACUUCAUUAAGAUUUAACUCAGGCUUUCCCUCACUUUGGAACGCCUAGAUUUGUGAAUAUUGGAUAUUUUGAGAAGCAGGGGUUCUUUCCUUGAUACUGACUAAGGAGUCUAUUUACCUUCAGGAUGACAUCUGAAUUGGAGAGCAGCCUAACAUCUAUGGACUGGUUACCACAGCUCACCAUGAGAGCAGCCAUCCAAAAAUCUGAUGCUACACAAAAUGCACAUGGAACAGGAAUUUCCAAGAAGAAUGCACUUCUUGACCCAAAUACAACCCUGGACCAGGAAGAAGUCCAACAGCACAAAGAUGGGAAGCCUCCAUACAGUUAUGCCAGCCUCAUUACAUUUGCAAUUAAUAGCUCACCCAAAAAGAAAAUGACACUAAGUGAGAUUUACCAGUGGAUUUGUGAUAACUUCCCAUAUUAUAGAGAGGCUGGCAGUGGUUGGAAGAAUUCCAUACGACAUAAUCUGUCUCUGAACAAGUGUUUCCUUAAAGUGCCUCGAUCCAAGGAUGACCCCGGAAAGGGGUCCUAUUGGGCAAUAGACACCAAUCCGAAGGAAGAUGCGCUGCCUACUCGGCCAAAGAAGAGAGCACGAUCUGUAGAACGGGCCUCAACUCCAUAUAGCAUAGAUUCAGAUUCUUUGGGAAUGGAGUGUAUUAUUUCGGGAAGUGCCUCUCCAACUCUGGCAAUCAACACUGUGACUAACAAAGUAACAUUGUACAACACUGAUCAGGAUGGUAGUGAUAGCCCACGCAGUAGCCUUAACAACAGUCUCUCAGACCAGAGUUUGGCAUCUGUUAAUUUGAACAGUGUUGGAAGCGUGCAUAGUUAUACACCGGUGACAAACCAUCCAGAACCAGUCUCUCAAUCAUUAACUCCUCAACAGCAGCCACAGUACAACCUUCCAGAACGAGACAAGCAACUGCUUUUCUCAGAAUAUAAUUUUGAAGAUCUCAGUGCCUCAUUUCGGAGCCUUUAUAAGUCAGUUUUUGAGCAGUCACUUAGUCAACAAGGUUUGAUGAACAUCCCUUCUGAAUCUUCCCAGCAGUCCCAUACUUCGUGUUCCUAUCAGCACUCUCCUAGCAGUACAGUGAGCUCUCACCCACACGGCAACCAAAGCACCCUGUCCAACAGUCAUGGCAGUGGCCUCAACGCCACAGGCAGUAAUUCGGUUGCACAAGUCUCAAUGUCCCACCCCCAGAUACACACACAACCGUCUCCACAUCCGUCCCAUCGACCACAUGGUUUACCACAGCAUCCACAGCGUCCCCAGCAUCCAACACCGCACCCACAGCAACACAGCCAGCUCCAGUCCCCUCAUCCUCAGCACCCCUCUCCACAUCAACACAUGCAGCAUCAUUCGAACCAUCAGCAUCAGACGUUAACACAUCAGGCAGCCCCACCCCCACAACAGGUAUCCUGUAAUUCUGGUGUUUCAAAUGAUUGGUAUGCAACACUUGAUAUGCUAAAAGAAAGCUGUCGAAUUGCUAGCAGUGUUAAUUGGUCAGAUGUAGACCUUUCACAGUUCCAAGGUUUGAUGGAGAGUAUGAGACAGGCAGAUCUCAAGAACUGGUCUUUAGAUCAGGUUCAGUUUGCUGAUCUCUGUUCUUCUCUUAAUCAAUUCUUUACACAAACUGGCCUUAUCCACUCACAGAGUAAUGUUCAGCAAAAUGUCUGUCAUGGUGCCAUGCAUCCAACAAAAUCUUCCCAACACAUUGGAACAGGAAAUUUGUACAUAGACUCCAGGCAAAAUCUCCCUCCUUCAGUGAUGCCACCUCCUGGUUACCCUCACAUCCCACAGGCUCUCAGCACUCCAGGAACAACGAUUACAGGCCAUCACGGAGCCAUGAACCAGCAGCACAUGAUGCCUUCCCAAGCCUUCCAGAUGCGGCGCUCUCUGCCUCCAGAUGACAUCCAGGAUGACUUCGAUUGGGAUUCAAUUGUGUAGGCUUGUUUCUGCACGGCACCAGACCCCGGUCACCUUUCUGUGCAAUGGAGGGAAAGGCUUAAGAGAAUCCAGUUGAGAAACAAAAAGUGGCUGAUCACUUUACCAAUGUUAUCAAAAUUUCUUUUGAAGACAAUCAGAAAGAUGUUCGCUGGAUGACUUAACAAGUACUACAUGUUUGUCUCCCCGCCAGCUGCCCUGUGUAGCUCCUGACUGUUGUGUGACUUAGAUGCUUUUGCAUAUUUGUGUCAAUUUGAUGUUGACCACAAGUGCCAGACUGAUUUUUCAGACAGAGCCUAUUUUGCUGCAAGCAGUUUAUAGAUACAUAUGUGUAAAUAUAUGUACAAAAUUUACUGAAAGGCUUCAAUUUUCUAAUUGGAUUAUUAGAUCUUGAAAGGAAAGUUACUGUGAGUUUUUAAUCCUUUUAGGCUAUUUUCUGCAGGAUGCUUUUAGCUGAUGUGGGCAACUGAAAGAAUCGAUUUUUUUUCAAAGCCCAGAUUCCCUUAUUUAAUCUUUUCAGAAAUGUGGAUGUUGAGUUCUACCCAGUAAGUCAAAGAACCCAGAGUUUGAUACUCUCCAGUCCAAAGCGGCACGUUGUUCCUGAGCAGCAUAAAGAACUGACCAAAUUUGUUUUGAUGCUUGGGGGUUAGAGAAUUUAUGUUGUACCUUGUCAGUGUCUGUUUUCCUACGUCUGCAUUAUGAUAGCUCUAAAAUUUGAUUGAUUAGAAGCUGGGCAUUGCUUGGCUCUUUAAAAGGAUUGAUGUCUCAACUUAUUUAUUAUUCAAAAGUGUUAUUUUAAUAUUUAUUGCUACCUUCUGUGAAUGCUCAGCUCUAAUUGGGUUCAGUAAGGAGAAAUGGGGUGUCUGAAAGCACAGAAUUAUUUUUCUUGAUAAGAGUUUACAGACAGGACAAUCAGAGAGAUUGUGUUAGUCUCGUUAUCAUUACUUCUCAUACCAUGUGAGUAUAUUUCUCUAUCUCAGCAUUCCUGCUGAUUGAGACUUAUUAGCUAAAUAGGAUAUUUUCUGGAAUUUGAAUCAGUUCAUUUGGGUAACAAAUGGCAGGGCGUUAUUUAAAAAGCAAGUUUCCCCACACAGGCUCUUUCCAUUUAGGAAGCACUGAAGGAGGAUAGAGCCACACAUAGAUUUCAUUGUUUUGGUCUUCAGAGCAGUUACUGUAUGUGGCCUGCUGUUUCUGCUGUCCUGUGUUUCUGUGACUGCAUGGCACUCAGUUACUUUCUUUGAAAUGCAGCCUGCCUCUUAGGGUUUUUAUUAGUUGUUUGUUGUUUUGUUUCAUAUCGUAUCAAAGUUACUUUGCAUGGGUUGUCUUAGUUUUAUAAUAAAACUAAAAGGA